AUGACUGAAGAAACGCUGCCCAAAGUCGAUUAUUUGAACAAAGGCAUGAAACCAACAACUGAUGAUUUAAAUUCCGCUCCAAUGCCGUCACAGAAGCAAGGCCAGAAACGCGUGCGUAAAAGUGUUACUUGGAAAGAAGAGAAAGAAGAAGCCGGUGAAAGCAAAAAUGCAAAUGAGCACGUCCUAAAGAAACGUGAAAAAAAGACAGCCACUGCUGCUCAAAUUAAUGCACUCGAUUCUCAGUCGAGACAAAGGAUGACCGACUCACUGCAAACAUUUCUGCAAGGCACUACAGAUAAGUUGCAAGCGGGAGAACGUAAGCCGCCACGCAAACUAGCAUUUGUAUCUGGAAGAUGA